GCGUUGAGCUGCGGUUCCUCUAAUGUCCACUAGAUGCUGCUGUGGAUAAACUGACUGCAUUGAAGUGAAUGGGGAAAACCUCCCACAGUUUGUGACAGGACAGGUUCUGCUCUCUGGAGUUUGUUUCAAAGCUUCUGAUGUGAGUCUGAGGGCAAAGUGUGAAAACCAUUGUUCCAUUAAGGAUAUAUUAAAGCUGUGUGUUUGAUUGACAGGUCUGGAGCUCCGUCAGUUGCCGCUCGGUCUCUUUUUUUUGCCCAAAUUAGGAUUUCCUGGCUUCAGUGUGUGAAGCAGAGAGCGUCCACAGAGACAGGUUUCACGCAGACCGAUGGGAGUUUGGAUCAGCAUCAGCGGGUCCAGAGGUGGCGUCUCCCAGCUGGAGGCUCUGAUGUAACGUCCUGAGAGAGCUGCACGUCAACAGAUCUGCUUUUUUAAAAACACAGCCUGAAGUGUAAUUAGUGCUGAGCUGCAGCUGUGAGCGACGGCCCCGGGGGGCCCCCGACUGACUCCCGCAGGCCCACGCUUAGUAAACACUCGGGGAGCCACAGCAGCACUGGCUGCAGGCUCAGCAGCAGGUCAUGUGGGAGACCUGGUUGUCCUGGAGGAAACUCUCUGAGGGAAACUGAACACGCUGACUGAAGAGCAGCUGCGGGAGGGAAGACCAGACGCCCGGUGCAGUCUGAAGAAGAAGAAGACGAUGGCGGAGCGUCCAGCAGCAGCAGGAGGCGACAUCAGCCUGCAGGACGUCCUGAGAGGACGGACAGAUGGAGCUGAGAGGACCAGCUCCUGCAUGAUCCGAGUGUUCGUCAGCUCCACGUUCACAGAUAUGGGCAGUGAAAGGAAAGCCCUGCUUGAGAAAGCUUACCCAGAAGUCCUUGCGUUCUGUCGCAGUCUUGGGCUGGUGUUCGAGGUGGUGGAUCCGUGUUGGGGGAUUCGAAGUGUCCCGUCAGGAGACCCUGAGGCCUGCGAGAUCUUCCUGCAGGAGAUCAAGAACUGUAAGAGGAUUUCAGCCGGACCAGCUUUCAUUGCGCUGCUGGGGAACCGGUACGGUGUCCGAGCUCUUCCUCGCCUCAUCCCGGAGAAGCAGUUUGAAGUUCUUUUGUCUAAACUCUCCAAAAACCGCGAAGGCGUCAAGAAGCUGAAUCAGUGGUUCUUGAAAGACGACAAUGCGGUCCCACCCACCUACGUCCUUCAGCCAAUCACGGCUCACUUCCCCCACUACAGCGACCUCCGACCUGAGAGUGGGCCACAGCGGGACAAAAACGUCCUUUCCUGGCAUUGCACAGAGACUCAACUGUUGCAGCUCCUACGCUCCGCCGCCACGGACGCCGAGGCGGCUGGCGACAUCACAGCCGAGCAGAAACAACACUUCUUCACAUCAGUCACAGAGCGAGAGUUCGAGGAGGGCUUGUGGAUGGACGAUGGCGAACCGUCGGCUCUGAUAUUCGUCCGAGAGAUUCCACGCCAAAGGGCGAGGGAUGGUCCCAAACGCUUUGCCAAGUUCAUGGACCUGACCGCCGGCGGUCUGCUGGACGCGGAAGCCCAGGGACUCCUCACCGGCCUCAAGUCCCGCCUCUACGCCACGUUCCAGAAGAUCCUCAACCUGCACUGCGUGGAGCUCUGCAAAGGAAGCAUCGACCCAAAACGCAAAGAGCACGCUCAGUACCUGGACAGCGUCUGUGAGCAGUUCGUCUCACAGAUGACGGCCAGGAUCGCAGCGGCGGUCGGUCCGUCGGUGGAGCGGCGCCGGCGGCGGGGGAAGGUUUGGGGAAGUAUUGAGGAAGAAAAAGGGGAAAUCUCAGAGCAGGUGGUUGAAGAGGUUGAACGGCAUGCCGCCAUGAGCUCCGAGCUGUGCAGAGGUUUCUACGGCAGGGAGGGUCUUCUGGGUAAGCUCUGCUUAGCCAUGUGGGAGUCCACCAACGUCCAUCACGGCCCGCUGGUGGUGCACGGCGCCGCUGGGAUGGGUAAGACGGCUCUUCUGUGCAAGCUGGCGCAGGAGAUGCGUAGAGUCCUGGAGGCCGGGGUGGUGGUGGUCCGGCUGCUGUCAGUUCGUCAUCCUCAGAGACCCGACAUCGACCACGUCCUCUGCAGCGUCUGCCUCCAGAUCUGUUUGGCAUGUGGUCUGGCUCCGCCCACGCCACCGAUGACCAGCACUCACCUGGAGCUGCUCCGGCUCUUCAGGAACGUCCUCGUCGAGGUUUCCCAGCAGGGGAACACUCUGCUCGUCAUCCUGGACGCUCUGGAUCAGCUCUCAGACCAGCAUCACGCUCACAAACUCCGCUGGCUGCCCGCCGACCUCCCGCCCAACGUCCACCUGGUGGUUUCAAUGGACACCAACAGCGAGGCGUUCGCUAACAUGCGGCUGAAGUCGGAGACUUUGGAGAGUUUCUUUGAAGUGGAGCGUUUGUCUCGUGAUGAAGGGAAACAGAUCAUGGAGUCGUACCUGCGAGCGUCUCAGCGAACGUUGACCCCCGAGCAGAGCGACGCCGCGCUGCAGAGCUUCGCGCCCGCAGGGUGUCCUCUGCACCUCAAACUGAUCCUGUCUGCCACCAAACGCUGGACGUCCUUCACCCCGCUCACAGAGAUACACCUGGGCGCCAACACACAGGAAAUGAUGUCACAGAUCUUCCUGAUGCUGGAGGAGAAACAUGGGAAGGAGCUGGUGGGCGCGGCCUUGGGAUACAUCACUCUGGCAAGGGAAGGCCUGCUGGAGGCGGAGCUGCGUGACCUCAUGUCCCUGGAUGAUGAUGUCAUCAGUGAGGUGUACAGGUACUCUCUCCCUCCGACGCCCUCGUUGAUCCGGCUGCCCUCCCUCCUCUGGGCACGGCUCAGACGGGACCUCGAGGAUCAGCUGGAGGAGCGCUGGACUGGCGGGGUGGCGGCCAUCGCCUUCAACAACCGGCGUCUGUGCGAGGCGGUUUCAGCUCGGUAUCUGACAUCAGAGCGGCGGGGGCGGAGCCUCAGGAUCCUGGCAGAGUACUUCCUGGGUCGCUGGUCGGGGAAACUGAAGCCGGUGACUCUGCCGGGCCUGUCGCUGCUCCUGUCUGACAGAAAGACUGCUGACUCUCCACGUCGUAGCUCCUAA